CCACGAGUUUCUGGACUACAUUUCCCAAGAGGCACCGCGAUAUACUCCUCCUUGACCUCCCAUGAGCCUCUGGGCUCAGAACCCAGCCUCCGCCGCUGGGGGCGGGGUAACGCCGGACUCCCGGAGUGCCGGAUUACGUACUUCCUCCUGGGGUUCGGAGGCCGAACCCUUUAGUAGCGGGUUCGAGUCCCGCCCCCUGACUCUCGGCUCUAGACCCUAGGUCUGGGGCGGGGUACAUUCGGCCGGGUUACCUCUCCUCGCUGAGGGGCGACGGCACACCUCGGGCUUUACCAUGGAGGACUACCUGCAAGACUGUCGAGCCGCUUUGCAGGAGUCCAGGCCUCUACAUGUUGUGCUAGGAAAUGAAGCCUGUGACUUAGACUCCAUGGUGUCUGCUCUCGCCCUGGCCUUCUAUCUAACAAAGCAGACGUCUGAAGCGGAGGACAUCUUUAUACCAGUGUUGAAUAUCAAUCGCUCUGAGCUCCCUCUGCGAGGGGACAACGUCUUCCUCCUCCAGGAGGUCAAGAUUCCAGAGCCCGUGCUGAUCUUCCGGGAUGAGAUCGACCUCCUCACAUUGCACCAGGCUGGCCAGCUCACCCUCAUCCUCGUUGACCACCAUAUUUUACCCAAAAGCGACGCAGCUCUGGAGGAGGCCGUAGCAGAGGUGCUGGACCACCGACCAAUUGAGCAGAAAUACUGUCCUCCCUGUCACGUUUCAGUUGAGUUGGUGGGGUCCUGUGCUACCCUGGUGACAGAGAGAAUCCUGCAGGGGGCACCAGAGACCUUGGAUAGACAAACUGCAGCCCUACUGCAUGGAACCAUCAUCUUAGACUGUGUCAACAUGGAUACCAAAAUUGGAAAGGCCACCCCAAAGGACAGCAAAUAUGUGGAAAAACUGGAGGCCCUCUUCCCAGAUCUGCCCAAAAGAAAGGACAUCUUUGAUUCUCUGCAGAAGGCCAAGUUUGACGUUUCAGGACUGACCACUGAGCAGAUGCUCAGGAAGGACCAGAAGACGAUCUACAGACAAGGCACCAAGGUGGCAAUCAGUGCAGUCUACAUGGAUUUGGAGGCCUUCCUGCAGCGGUCAGACCUCCUCACAGACCUCAGUGCUUUCUGCCUGGAUCUCAGCUAUGAUGCCCUGGUUGCCAUGACAAUCUUUUUCAACACUCACAAUGAGCCAGUACGGCAGUUAGCUAUCUUCUGUCCCCACGAGGCACUUCGAAUGACAAUCUGUGGAGUCCUGGAGCAGUCCACCUCCCCACCCCUGAAGCUAACACCUAUCCCAAGCAUCUCUCCUAACCUCCAGGCCUACCUUCAAGGCAACACCCAGGUCUCUCGAAAGAAGCUGCUGCCUGUGCUCCAGGAAGCCCUCUCCGAGUAUCUUGACUCAGCGAAGAAGCCUUCAGGGCAGUCUGAGAAGCAAGAGCAACAGCUGCCACAGGAAAGUAAAGGGCUUGGGGGCUGGGACCACAGCCUCCCAUCCUCCUCAAGUCCACAGAACACAGGACAACUUGGGAAGAUGGGAACCAGGCAAGAAACAGGAAAGGAGACGUUAGAAGAAGGGGCUCAGGAGAAGGCAGGAGCCUUGGAACCAGGAGCAGCCCUGAGACUUGGAGAGCUGGAGCUGAGGGAGGAGUGGCAAGAUGAAGAGUUUCCUAGAUUGCUUCCUGAGGAAUCCAGCUCAUCUGGAGACCCUGAAGACCCUCAGAGAGGCUCACAGGCAGGUACCCCCAGCAGUCUGGCCUUGUGUGGCCAGCGCCCUAUGCGGAAGCGUCUUUCUGCCCCAGAAUGGCAGCUGAGUCUGACUGAGGGCCCAGGAGAAAAUAGAGCCUCUCCCACCCGCUCUGCGACCUCGUCUUCUGCCGGCAGCUUGGACCUGGAGGUGGAUGAACUGGAGACACCUUCAGACUCCGAGCAGCUGGACAGCGGACAUGAGUUUGAAUGGGAAGAUGAUUUGCCUCGGGCAGAGGGCCUGGGGGCCAGUGAGGCAGCUGAAAGGCUAGGCCGGGGAUGUGUGUGUGACGUGGCUGGAGAAGACGGUCAUCGCUGGAGAGUGUUUCGAACAGGACAACGAGAGCAGCGGGUGGACAUGACCAUCAUCGAGCCCUAUAAGAAAGUCUUAUCUCAUGGAGGUUACCACGGCGAUGGCCUCAAUGCCGUCAUCCUCUUUGCUUCCUGCUAUCUACCCCGAAGCAGCAUCCCCAACUACACUUACAUCAUGGAACACUUAUUCAGGUAUAUGGUGGGGACUUUGGAGCUGCUGGUAGCUGAAAACUAUCUGCUUGUUCACUUGAGUGGAGGUACCAGCAGGGCCCAAGUGCCCCCUCUGAGCUGGAUACGGCAGUGUUACCGUACCUUGGACAGGAGGCUUCGGAAAAACCUUCGAGCCCUGGUGGUCGUCCACGCUACGUGGUAUGUGAAGGCCUUCCUGGCACUGGUUCGGCCCUUCAUCAGUUCCAAGUUCACACGAAAGAUCCGAUUUCUGGACAGCCUUGGGGAGCUGGCCCAGCUCAUCUCGCUAGAGCAAGUGCACAUACCUGAAGUUGUCAGACAGCUGGACCAGGAUCUUCAUGGCUCGAGGGGCACCUAACACAAAGCUGGGCAGAGGGGCUAGGGUCAGGCAAAGAUGAUGAUGGGUCCGCAUGAUGGAGCUCUGUAUCAUCUCAUCCUGAACGCCAGUUCCACUGGAUCCUCGCUUCUCAGCAUGCUAUCCACUUCUGGACACUUGCCUUCAAGCUGGGAUUUAAGGGUGGGGCACCCCAUAAUGGGGUGGAAGGCUUUGUGGCAUUGGAAGCGUAAGGCUCUUAGUUUUAAUUCUGCUUUAGUUGUAAGAUAUGUGGGUCUCAUUUUCUUUCUCUGUAAUCAAAACUACUGAGAUCCUUCCCA